AUGAGGCGAAUGGACCGCUGGACGGUUUGCAGGAGGCUGGCCUCCAUGGCAAGGCCUGUGUCCUUCCUCGAGGCGGCACUCAUGGCGGUUGUUGCUGCGUGUAUCGUCCUCGGGAAGUGGUUUGAUGUGAUGUCGAUCAAGAGGCGAGGGCUGAUCAUCAACGGCCUCAAGGACAUUAAAGGCAUGGGCAGUGCAAAUGUGUCUUCCAUCUACGGCGAUGCAGCAGCCUUCCUCGUGCUCAGAACGCUCUCCUCUGCAUUCACAGAGUCAAAGGCCAUCCUCUUUUCGGCAGUGACAAAUAGGGUCGUCCAGGCAUCCACCUCCCGCAUCCUCGAUCUUACAAUGCACGCCGCACACUCCUGCGAGAUAAAGCCGACAGAGCUCAACCGGAUUGUGGAGAGGGGAAACAGGAAGAUCUCCAAGGUUCUUGUGAAGACACUCACCGUUGCCACCCCCGCACUCUUCAGGCUUGCUCUUCUGUUCCGGGAGGUCCAUGCAAUGUUUGGGCCCAAGUACCUGGUCCCAAUCCUCUUUACUGCUGCAGCCUAUGCAGCAUACACCUGUGUGAUGCUGAGGAUCCGCGCCCGGUACAGAAAGGAGAUCAACAAUGCGGACAACUCUGUCUCCAGGAGGAUCCACGAGUGUGUCUCGAAUGUCGACCUUGUCAGGGCAUGCUGCAGCGAGCAGUUUGAGGUGUCGAGGCUUGCAGGCGAGAUGGAGACGAUGUGGGCCCUCAAGCUCUCUGACAAGGGAUGUGUGGGGAUGACCAAUCUCGGGCAGAGGGCCCUGUUCAGCGUGCUCUUUGUCCAUGUUGCCUUCAAGGGCAUUGCAGACAUGGCUGCAUUGCGGAUGACGGUUGGCGACCUCAGCGUGCUCUUCUCCUUUGUGCUUUCGAUCGACGCCUCCAUGUGGACGCUUGGCGGCAUUGCAAGGGACCUCGGGUUCUGGCUGACGGACUGCACGGAUCUGCUCUGCCUCCACGACGGCCUGGAGAGGGCUGCCGAGCAAGGCCCCGGGGCAGGUGCGGCGGCUGAAGGCAUGGCUGCGUGCCCCUCCUCUCCGCCCGGCGAGGCUGCUGCCGUUGAGUUUGACGAUGUCAGCUUCGCAUACCCAAGGUCGGCCGCAUACCCAAGGUCGGCACACGUCCUCUCUGGCGUGUCCUUCCGGAUCAUGCGCGGAGAGCGUGUCGGGAUAAUCGGGAGGCCUGGGAGCGGGAAGAGCACCAUCCUGAGGCUGAUUCUGAUGCUCCACAGACACAAGGGCCGCAUCCGAGUCAACGGGGCUGAGCUCUGGAGUGCAUCUCCAAGGGCGGUGAGAGGCUCGAUUGGGUGCAUCCUCCAGGACGGGCUUCUCUUUGACGAGAGCAUUCUCUACAACGUGAUGUAUGGAUGCCCGCGGGCUGGAUUCCACAGGGUGCUGCGGGAGUGCAAGAAUGCCGGGCUGUCCGACGUUGUCAGGAGGAAGGGGCUGCACUCUCGGAUGAAGGCGCUGAGCGGAGGGGAGAUGCAGAUGGUCUCGCUUGCAAGGUGCUUCCUCAAGGACGCCCCGCUGAUGCUGCUCGACGAGGCAACCUCGAAGCUGGAUGCAGAGACCGAGAGGGAUGUGUUUGGGUUGAUGAUGGGGAUGAGGGGCAAGACAAUUGUCAUGGUGCUCCACGACCUCUGGAUGACCGAGCACCUGGACAGGGUCAUUCUUGUCGACUCUGGAACCGUGAAGGAGGUUGGGACCCACUCCGAGCUGAUGGGGCUCCGGGGGAUGUACUGGAGGAUGAAGACGGCCUCGAGGGAAUGA